AUGUUCCUCUCUCAAUUAACUCCAAAUCAACUCGUCACUCCCCACGAAAGUAGGGCCGAGGAUACGGCUUCGACUCCAUCAGAUAAUAGUUCAGAAGAGGAAACCAGUUCCCGGGACAGUACAAAAAUGCGGCAACCGCGUUCCCGCGAAGCCAUCAUGGCAGUAUUCACUGGUCAAUACAUUGUGGGAUUAGCCUAUCUUGUGGUAGCAUUCAUAAAGCACAAAGAGGUGUCGUACUACCAUCUACGGAUAAUAUUUGGGCUCAGCUCCAUUAAUAUGGCUGUGGCUCUUGUCAGCGAGUAUACAAGAGUCAACCUGUUACGUAGAUCUGGCGGUCUGAAAAACUGGAUUAGACGUACCAUCGAUAUGCCACCUCGCAUGUGCAUAACCUCUUUCGGCCUCCUAAUUCUCACAAUAUGUUAUGUUGCAUUCAUAAUAUAUACCAUAGUAAGGCGGGGAAAGGAUACUAAUUUCAGGACCUGUUUUCCCGCAGAUUACUGGUUAUUUCCCUUAACUGUUGUUCACUCAGGGGGUUUAGUCUUUUUUCUAGCGGGAGCCCUGAUCAAAUCCGAAGGAUUUGUGGUAUACCGGAUGUCAAGCUGGGCAGGGUAUAUCCUAAUGUCGACCGUGCUUGUUAUCUUCCACUACGUACAACUGAUACAUAUCACACGCGCGUUUCGGGGCCCCAUCGGUAGAAUGAAUCCUGAACUGGAAUUUGGAUUCGGCCAACUACUCAUGUUCUUCAUGAUUCUCCAGCUCUUCGUCGAGUUCGGUAUUGGUUUGUGUUGUCAGUAUCCCCAUUUUUGGCAUUUAACAGACCUGUUAACAAUUCACAGCGGAUCUAGAUUACUUGCAUCGACAUCUAUCAACCCCUGGAAGAAGUAUUCCUCGCUCGUUCGAAAACUGCGUCAAGAAAUACUACAGAUCUGGUACAGUGGGCCGAAAAAAGUAAUCCGCAAGUCGAAGCAGGGUAUCUCAUCACUGUUGCGUAGAUUAUCAGGUGGGUUGUGUUUGCCGUUGAGAAAAACCAAAACUACUAAAGCCGAAUCUGGACCAGAUGAUUCGCCAAACCAACCUUUGAAGGCCAAUGCGGAAAACGAUGGCAAAAGCGACAAGUCUCCCGCUGCGAGACCGCACUCACAGGAGCGUUCUAGUUCAGACGAUACAUACAGAGUGGAGGAUGGGAGGGGCGCAGUUUACGGAAUACACCUUUCUGGCCACCUCCAAGCUAAAUUAAUAGGCGCGAUUGAAUGUCUUGAAGUGAAGGAAACUUUAGACACUUUGGUGUCGAGCACUGGCGCGGAUCGGCUACAAUGUCAAAGGAGUUUGAGAACAGAAGACAUCAUAACAAAGAGGAGGAGGAUCACACGGCUAGGCUUUCUUCAAUCUGGCAAUGAGAGAGCUUUGAAACUCGACAAAUAUACUGGCUUGCGAUAG